AGGCAAUAAAUAUUCAAACCAUAAUUUCAAAACAUGAGUAAGUUAAGUGAAUUAUUGAUUCAUAUAACAGAAUCAAUUACGCAAUAAAACGUGCUUUUCUCUUUUGACUUUCACUUCACCUAAUGCAAAAAACCCAACAAAACACCAUAGAAAGUGUCCUUAAUCAUUGAUCAAAACUAAAAACACAUGAGAAGUGGAAAGAAAGCACAAAAAAAAGCUAUGAAAAUGGGAACUUCAAUUUUUUUGAAAGAUAAAUCAAAUUUAUUCACCAAGAGACUUAUACCGUUGACUAUUUGUUCUUUGCUUCCCAUAACUAUGCUUCUUCUAUACUUCUACCAUCUACCUUUCUCUCAAGCUCCAAAAAUUGAGAUUACUAAUUCCAAACCCAUCAUCAACAUCACUUCUCAUUCUGCUUCUCCUCCUUCAUCUUCUUAUUCAGAAAAGAAAAAAGGUCACCAAAACCAAUGUGAUUAUUCCAAGGGUGAUUGGGUCAAAGACACUAGAGGCCCUUUGUACAAUGAUACAACAUGUGGCAUGAUGAAAGAAGGAAGAAAUUGCAUGACACAUGGGAGACCUGAUUCUGAUUAUCUUUAUUGGAGAUGGAAACCAAAUGAAUGCAAACUUCCAAGGUUUGAACCUAACACUUUUCUCCAACUUAGUAAGAACAAACACAUUGCUUUUGUUGGUGAUUCUUUAGCUAGGAACCAAUUAGAGUCUCUUCUUUGUAUGUUAGCAACUACUUCAAUUCCUAAACUUGUGUACCAAAAUGGCAAGGACAAUCAAUUUUCUAGGUGGUACUUUUCUUCAUACAAUUCAACCAUUUCCUUGUAUUGGUCUCCAUUUUUAGUACAAGGUAUAGAAAAAUCAAACACAAGUCCAAAUAAUGAGCUAUAUUUGAAUCAUGUUGAUGAGAAAUGGGCAAAGGAUAUGAACCAAAUGGACAUGAUUGUACUAUCAAUUGGACAUUGGUUUUUGCUUCCUGCAAUUUACCAUGAAGGUGGUACAAUUUUAGGGUGUCAUUAUUGUGGUCUUAAUUACACUGAAAUAGGGUUUUAUGAUGUAUUAAGAAAGGCUUUAAGGACUACCCUUAAUAGCAUAAUUGAUAGAAGAGGAAAUAAAGGUAAUGAAAUUAAUGUAAUUGUUACAACAUUUACGCCACAUCAUUUUGAAGGUGCUUGGGAUAAGGCUGGUGCUUGUCCAAAAACUAAGCCUUAUAGAAAUGGAGAGAAGAAAGUUGAAGGAAUGGAUGGUGAGAUGAGAAAGAUUGAGAUAGAAGAAGUGGUGGCUGCUAAAGCCAAAGGCAAUGAAUUUGGAAGGUUAAGAUUUGAAGUAUUGGAUGUAACAAAAUUGGCUUUGUUAAGACCAGAUGGUCAUCCAGGUCCUUAUAUGAAUCCUUUUCCAUUCUUUAAUGGGGUUCAAGAACAUGUGCAAAAUGAUUGUGUUCAUUGGUGUUUGCCUGGACCAAUUGAUACAUGGAAUGAGAUAUUUUUAGAAAUUAUAAAGAAAUGGGAGGAACAACCUAGCUAGGAGUGAAUUAAGAAUGAAGUGUUUCUCAUAUGUUGUUAAUUUAUACAUUUUUUUUUACAUGACAUGUGACUUAUAUUACCUUGGAACAAAGAAUUCAAGAUUCAGAUUAGACAUCAAAAGGAAAUAUUUGCAUUGAUUUCUAACUUUGGCUCUUUAAGUUAGCUACGAGACUAGUCUCCAAUGCUAUUGACUCUUUUCUCUUACUUCUCAAUGUUAUGAUGUAUGCGACUUCAUAAAU